UGUGUUUGAUGACUCGUCCCAACAGGGCAUAAUAAUGGAGGUGUGUUGAAUAUACGAUCAACCGGUGAUAAAACUUCUUGACUCAGUGCACGAAAAAUGUUAAAAGUUUUCGUCGCCGUCUGAACACUGGGUUCAGGUUUUUCCGGUCACAUGUAGUGGCGUGUAUGACAGGACAAUGGAAGUGUGAGGUAAUGGUUGUGUAACUGCCGUGUUUGUGAUCGUUGGGUGACAGUACUAACACGGUCAUAAUAUUAUCAUCUUGAUAAUUGCGUGUAUUGUAUUGUCGUAUCCUGGUGUCCAGUGUUUCAAUAUCAGUGUCAUUGUCGUGCAGUUUUAUUCACUUUCGUUUGUCAUGGAGACACACGUCCACUUAAAAGGAUUGAGGAAUUAUACACAUUUAUGGAAUAGACAAUUGUGAAUGCUGUCUGCCAAACAAGGUCUUGCCAAGUGUCAUCUGCCUUCUUCCGUCUGCUAUGGUGAGAUCUACAGCUACCCUCCCAUCUGUUUCCAAGUGUUUGUUGAGAUCCAGUCCUUGUUAUCGUGUUGCAUAAUAUUACAACCUUUGCUCUGGAAACACCAUUUGAAACCCAUGGAUCAUGCAAUCCUUGGUUCUGCUUCACCGAGUGCACAUAUUAUGUGCAGGUUUUGAUUGUUCAUUAUUUUACGUUGCCCAACCCGUGCUGUCUGUGACAGGAUUAAUCAAACGUGAUUGAAAUGGGGGCCAUAAUUCAUACUUCAAAAAGAUUGUUUUGGUAACUGAAGCAUGACAAGAGUCUUGAUGCCACCUUUUUUUUUGGUUGAAUCGCUCAACAAAAUGUAAAACUGUGUUCGUGGUUGGUGCAUGAUGUGUGGAUUUUAAACUCAACAAACAAGAUUUGGUGUUCCAAGUUAUUUAAAAACCAAUCUAUCAGGACUCAUGAUUCUCAAGUCUUCAUACAAGUAUAUCUUUGUUGAACUGAUCAACAAACUUUGAUACUGUGAAUUUGUAAUGUCCUUGUUUUAAUAGAUACAUGAGCUUUGUUGAAUUGCUCAUAACAAUUUAAUAUUGUACAGUCUGUGCAUUUGUGACUUGAAUUCCGAUAGAUAUAUGCAUCUUUCGAGGAUUUAAAAAUACAUGGUGAUGCCUUUGAAGAAAUUGCUUAACACAAUUUAAUUGUGUGUAUUCGUGACUCCUGAACUGUAAUGGAUCUAUACAUUAGUUUGCUCAACAGGGCGUAAAUACGGUGUUUGAAUUCUUUGAAAGCCAGUUGUGAUUCCUGAGAUAUAAUUAUUUUGUGCAGGUGAUAUUUCGGUAACCAUGGGAAUAAUGUGUUACACAUCACAACAUUGGUGAUGUUAUACCACGGAUCGUCACGACAACCCGUAUAUUAACACGGAUCUUCACGACAACCCGGAUUUUAACACGGAUCGUCACGACAACCCGGAUAUUAACACGGAUUGUCACGACAACCCGGAUAUUAACCCGAAUCGUCACAACAACAGAGAUAUUUGAUAUUUGCACGGAUCAGUUAAUUAAAAAACACCUUGAAUGACUUCUUGAGGUAUUAAUGAUACUGCAGUACAUGAUAUAACGGAAAAAUCAACCAACCACCCAUAGUUAAUCGACAACCUGCACAUGUCAGUAUACAGUAUUAAUUAUCUACGAACUUCACUUGUUGGGUUAUCAACUACUUUUACACUUUAUACUAUAGUCACUUAAUUAACUACGGCAAUCAGUGAAACAGACUGGAAAUCUUCUAGUUGGCCACCUACAUGCAAGUCUAGAUGACUUUAUAGUUGGUUUGCACACUGUACCAACCAACUAACAAACUUAUAUAUAUAUAUGUAUGUAUGUCAGAUGAAAACCCCCCAGAAAGAAAGGGUGUACUGAUUCCCAAGCACUGACAGGUGUGACAGUAAAGUGAUGACUGCUGUCUGGUUUUCCUGACCACUGCCCAGUAGGUGUCUCAGCCAAUGGAAUGUUUUGUGAUGUAUUUCAAUAAAAAAAAUUCCUCUGUGUCAAAUUGAGCACCCACGAAAACAAGAUGAGUGCAAAUAACCAAACUGGGAAGGUGUACCGCUCGGCCGUGUUGAUACAAAUUGGUGGCAAUCGAAAAACAGACACAGAUGACUGCUUGGAAUUUCGAAUCGACUUGAACAACCGAAAGGCUCCAGAAAUAGUUGCCCCCGAGUUUGUCGUGAAACCGCGGCGACAGUUUGUCGAUGAGGGACAAUCAGCGGUGUUCAAGAUGUCGUUCGAUGGAUCUCCGGACACGAGUGUGUCGUGGACGAUGAACGGAGAGCCGAUUGAGAAUGACUCCAAGCACAAGAUAUACGAGAAAGAUGGAUUCCACUACCUGGAGGUUGACAAAGUUUCCGAGUCUGAUAAAGGCAAAUAUGAAUGUACGGUGGAGAACUCUUCAGGAAAAGCAUCUGUGUCUGCAGAUUUAGAAGUAUUUGUGAAAACAGGUCCACUUGACAAAAAGAUACCAGGACCAACGUUAGUUCAACCUCUCAAGGAUAUUACUGUUGCCGAGGGCGACCGCAAUGUUGUUAUAGACUGCCGUGUGUCUGGAGCUACGAAGGACUGCUCUGCUGCCUGGUUCAAGGAUGGCAAGGAGAUCAAACCUGGCCGUGAAUUCCGAACGAAGUUUGACAACAGGAUUGCCUCCCUUACCAUAUCGGAAACUCUGGAAGAGGAUAAUGGGCAGUAUGAGUGUGUGAUAUCUGGAGCAUUCGGUGAACUGAGGACGAGUGGCUUUAUCACUGUGGAGGUUUCCAAUGAACUGCGGGAGCCUCCCGUUUUUGUCCGUGAACUGCACGACAUGGAAGUGGACAACGGUGAUAAAGUCGAGCUGGUGGUCGAGGUCAAAGGCUCGCAGCCCGUCAACGUGUUCUGGAUCCACAACAACCGCGAGAUCCUGCCGCAGGACUCUGAAUACACGCAGGUCGCCGACGGCGAUGUCCGUAAACUAAUCCUGUCCCGGGUGUUUGAGCAGGACACCGGGGAGUAUGUGUGCGAGGCGUACAACGAUUACGGUGACACUGACACAUUCUGUAGGUUGCAGGUCCGAGAUGUAGAAAUCCCCUUUGCUCCUGAUUUUAUCACUAAACCGAAACCGUUAACCAUCAGUGAGGGGUCGCAUGCCAUGUUUAGCUGCCAGGUCAGAGGUCAUCCAGUGCCAGUCGUCAGCUGGGAACACAAUGGUCAGCCUGUCGAAGAAGGCAGCAAAUACAAGUGUUCUUCCCAAGGCGAUGAGCAUGUGUUGGAGAUAUUUGACGUCAAGGAAGAAGACACGGGCAAAUACCUGUGUCGUCUCACCAACACCUGCACCAUGACAUCGCAUUCGACCUCUCUCGUCGUCACCGACGUCACUGGGUCUGACCUGCGAGACUUCAGGGCCCUUCUCAAGCCAAGACCAGUGCCUGAAAAACCUGCAAAACAAAUUGGCAGUGUCUGUGAAAAGUCCGACAUAGAAACCAAGACGAAAGAUUUCCACCAACUCCUCUCUCAUCGACAUUCAGCACAGCAGUUGUGCCCGACUGAACACGAGCAGCAUGAUUUCCGUAACGUCCUCCGAACGCACAGUGGAAAACAUGAGAAACCGUUGGUGUUAGGCCUCCACAGCGGAAAACACGACAAACCGUCGGUGUUAGGCCUCCAAACCAUGGGAAGCAGGAAGAAACAGUUGUUUCAAACAGAAACCCAGUCAUCUCCCAAAUGUGCAACAGAACAAACUGAUUUUAGAAGUGUACUUAAGAAAGCAAAAAGUGUUCCUUAUGCGAGCAGUUUACCCAGGGGAAGUAACUCUGCAGUGACGGUGGGAAGGCCAGGUGUACAACAUACCAGCUGCGAACAGAAGAUGUCUGGUUCUACUGUGAGUGAUGUAAAGGGUUCACAAAUGGAAAAGAUGAAGAAGGUGCUUAGUGAUCCAGAGAACAAAGAUACAAGACGGGUUGAAAAAGUUCCUGAAAUUGAGGAAAAGAGUAAUAUAGGAAAAUCAGAUUUGUCUCCCUUUAGCUCAAAAGAUGAAGAAGUUCCCAUUGUGAAAGACAAAAUUCAAGGAGAGAUUAGUUCAGUAAAAUCCACUACUAUGUUCCCAGCUAAGAAUGAAAAUUCUCUUUCAUCAUCUAUAGCUCGGACAAAAGAAACUAUUCCACUGAAAAAACGAUUAGAACAGUUCGAAAAUGACAAACCUGAAUCAAGGACUUUCUGUACAGCCAGUCUCCCAAAACCAGGCAGAAUUCCCAUCAACGUAAAAAUGAAACCAGGCGGAGUUUCCAUCAACGAGAAAGUGAAACCAGGCGGAGUUUCCAUCAAAGAGAAACUGAAUAAAUUCCAACAGAUUUCUGCAGAGAACGAUUCUGCAACUGCAAAAAAUGGAUCUAAGACAUUAUUAGAAAAUUCCCUUGCUUCUUCCCGAAGUGUAUCCAAAAGCAUUUCACAUCUGUCGUCAGAAGAACCGACGGUCAAGAUGAUGAAUACAAAUGGACAAAUGGACGAUAACCUGCCACGGAAGUCCAAAUUGUUUGAUACAAAAUCGCUACCAAGGGAUGGGUUGAAGAAUCGGACAUUCGGAAGCAGCAGGAAUAAUUUUACUUCAGCCAUGGCAGGUGUCUCAUCAAACAGAAUUCAAGAGAAAGUUAACAGACCAAAGCUCAGAGAAUCGCCAAACAGUUCGCUGGUCCGAGACAAGCCCAUGAGAAAGGCUGUCAGUCUGCUUGAACUGUUUACUCCAGAAAACAAACCAAACAUCAACAGCAGCUUCUCAAAUAAACUUACUAAGCUUGCAGCUCUUGAAGCAAAAGUUCCAGCAAAACCCAAGCAGCUGGAUUUCAGAAAUGUUCUGAACAAGCAAAAUGACAGUUCAGUUGCUAAGCAACCUACACAGGUUUGGAGCAAGCAGAAUGACAGUAUAGCUGCUAAGCAAUCUCUGAGUGUUUUGAACAAGCAAAAGGAUAGUUCAGUUCUGCAGAAAUCUAAAGUUUGGAACAGUCAAAAUGAUGAUACAGUUGCUAAGCAACCAGAAAAAUUCUCGAGCAAGCAGAAUGGAAAUACACUAGUUAAACAGCCAGCAAAAAUCUCGAGCAAACAAAAUGAGGAUACAUUUUCUAAGCAGCCACCAAACAUCUUAAGCAAACAAAAUGAGGUUUCUAAGCAACCACCAAACAUCUUGAGCAAACAAAAUGAGGUUUCUAAGCAACCACCAAACAUCUUGAGCAAACAAAAUGAGGAUACAUUUCCUAAGCAGCCACCUAACAUCUUGAGCAAACAAAAUGAGGUUUCUAAGCAACCACCAAACAUCUUGAGCAAACAAAAUGAGGAUACAUUUUCUAAGCAGCCACCAAACAUCUUGAGCAAACAAAAUGAGGUUUCUAAGCAACCACCAAACAUCUUGAGCAAGCAAAAUUCGGAUGCAUUUUCUACGCAACCACCAAACAUAUUGAGCAAGCAAAAUGAGGAUACAUUUUGUAAGCAACCACCAAACAUCUUGAGCAAGCAAAAUGUGGAUGCAUUUUCUACGCAACCACCAAACAUAUUGAGCAAGCAAAAUGAGGAUACAUUUUGUAAGCAACCACCAAACAUCUUGGGCAAGCAAAAUGUGGAUGCAUUUUCUAAGCAACCACCAAACAUAUUGAGCAAGCAAAAUGAGGAUACAUUUUGUAAGCAACCACCAAACAUCUUGGGCAAGCAAAAUGGUACAGCCAUUACACAGCAGUCAAAAGAUGUUUUGGGCGAGCAGAAUAACAAUGCAGUUAUUUCACAAGAGCCAAGAACAACUGUGGCCAACCAAAAUGAUGGUACAGUUCAACACUCAUCGACAGUUCUUAGCAAGCAUGAUGCAGUUGCUAAGCAACCCCCGAGCGUUAAGCAGAAGCUGUGUGACCAGCGUGUGAAGUAUGGCAGCAAGGCAGUGCUGGAAUGUGUGAUCAUUGGAGACGAUGUCCAGUGGUCCCUCAACGGGAAGGAUGUGACCUCCCCAUUAGUGAAGAUGAGUUAUGCGGAUAACAAUGUUGCCACGCUGACGAUCGCCGAGGCGUAUUCCGAAGACGAAGGCGAGUACACGUUGACUGCGACAAACAAGUUCGGCUCGUCCAGCACAACCUGUCGGCUGUCUGUCGAUUCCAGCAGUUCUCAGUCGUCCAAGUCUGAUAUCGAAGGUCACGUGACUAUUCCUGCACGAAUCAUCAGCCUUGUUACAAACAGCGAGACUGUCAUGAAUGGCGACGUUCUGGAGAUGAGGGUGACCACCACGGGGGAGCCGCCCCCCAAUGUCUGCUGGUUCAAGGGCAAACAGGAGAUUAAACCAGAUGUCCGAAUUGAGUUGGAAAAUGAUGCAGAUACCAGCAUACUGAGGAUAUCUAAAGUGACGGCAAACGAUGCUGGGAAAUACAUCGUAGUGUCGGAAAACCACGCUGGAUUAGAUAGAGCCUCCCAGUCAGUGCAGGUCGAAGAUAUCCCUGAUCCACCGAUCGGAAAACCGCAGCCCACAGCUGUCGUGCGGUCCGCCAUUACUCUGUCCUGGUAUGGUCCAGCUUACGAUGGAGGCUGCCAGGUCACGCACUAUCGAAUAGAAGGUCGCAGAGUCGGGGAUGAUUCCUGGGUUGUUCAUCAAUCAAACUGCAAGAACACAUUUUAUCAAAUAGAUGACCUUGAAGCCAAUACUGCAUAUGUCUUCCGAGUAAGUGCUGGAAAUAAGCAUGGCUACAGUUGCCCUGGCAACGAAUCUGAGGAAAUCGUGACAGAAAACCGUUUACAGUCGUCAUCCGAUUACGAAUCCGAUGGUACGCUUGAAGUUUUCUCUCCUACUGUUAAAAAGCAAGACGAUGAACUACCGUUUGAACCGCGGGAAGUGAAAAUAUCAUCAACUCGUGUGUUUGAAGACCAUUAUGAGGUGCUGCAUGAAGUUGGAAGAGGUAAAUUUGGCAAUGUGUACCAGUGCAAGGCCAAGGACACUGGGAAACUGUGGGCGGCCAAGAUUGUCAAGUGUCGAGAGAAGGAGAAAGAGAAUGUUCGACACGAGAUCGAAAUCAUGAACGGUCUCGCUCAUCCAAAACUGCUUCUGCUGUGGGACGCAUAUGAGGCCGCUCGCAAAAUGGUUCUCGUCAUGGAAUAUAUUGGAGGCGGCGAGUUGUUUGAGCGGGUGAGCAGCAAUGACUUCUGUUUAACGGAGCGUGACUGCGUCCACUUCAUGCGUCAGAUAUGCAGUGGUGUCGCAUACAUGCAUGGCAAGGGUGUCCUUCACCUUGACCUCAAACCCGAGAACAUCCUCUGCAUCGCGGAGGGCAGCAACAUCAUCAAGAUCAUUGACUUCGGCCUGGCGCGCCGCUUCAACGAAGGGGAGAGCAUCAAGGUGAUGUUUGGAACGCCAGAGUUCAUCGCCCCGGAGGUCGUCAACUAUGAUGAGAUUGACUUCGCGACCGAUAUGUGGAGUAUAGGAGUUAUAUGUUACGUCUUGUUGUCUGGAUUGUCUCCCUUUAUGGGUGACAAUGAUUCUGAAACUUUGUCGAAUGUCACAUAUGGCGAAUACGAUUUUGAUGAUGAAUCUUUUGAUGACAUAUCGGACAAUGCUAAGGAUUUUAUUCAGCACUUGCUCGUCAAAAACAAACGAAAACGAAGCACCAUUCAGGACUGUCAGAAACACAUCUGGCUUGUUCAGGAUGAACGGCGAAUGCGGUUAAAACGACUGAACACGGAGAAACUCCGACGUUUCAUGGCACGGAGAAAGUGGCAGAAAACAGGUACUGCGAUCAGAGCUCUGGGCCGCAUGGCGUCGCUGCAACGCUUGAUUUCUGCCAGUCCCAGCAACAACCACAGCAGCAGUGGCAGUAGUAGUACAGACCCAAACACCUCGUUUAGUUCCACUAGCAGCUAUAGUCCUGGUGUUCAGUCCCAAGCAUCGGUGACUGCCAAUGAAAAUACUUUAUCAUCUCCAACCCCUAAGGUGCAGGAAGAAGAAGAGGAGAUUACCGAACAGACAACCGAAUCAAGGGAGGCGACUCAAAGAAAUGUUGAUCAGGAAGCUGAUUGCUCAAGGGAAGUAACUGGUGAAGAAGAGGGGGAAAAUGUGUCUACGGAACAGAUAUCCAGAUCGAGGGAGAUUAUGCAAAGAAAUGACAAACAGGAUCCUGUUUUUUCAUGGAAGACUGUUAAUAGAAGGGAGACAACUGAUGAAGAAACAUUCAGAUCAAGGGAGGUAACUGGAACAAAUGUUGAACCUGUCCGUGAUGAAACUGUUCAUCAAAGAGAGACAACUGGUGAGGGGAUUCACAUCUUUAAAGCCAUACCAGCGGUAAACGUUCAUCUAAGGGAGACAACUCUUACCUCAAGCAGUGAUCUAUCCACCACAGAGCCCAGUGUAGACAGAAUCGAUCCUUCUGUGCAGAAAACAAACGGACACAUCAAUAACAGAUUCAUGCCUCACGUGGAGGCUUCUUCCCACCUUCGUCCGAACUUUGUGAAAAAAAUGGUCGACUGCCAGGCGUUCAAAGGUGAUGUGGUUCGCUUUGACAUCAAGGUGGCAGGUGAGCCUUGCCCCACGGUGUCGUGGUACCACGAAGACGAUGUGGUGGUGGCGGACGAACGACACAUUGUUGAGGUCGGUGCUGACGGACAAUGCUCGCUGAUUAUUCGGCGAGUCGGGGAGGAGGAUGAUGGGGAAUACACCGCUAGAGCCGUCAGUUUGAGUGGAGAUGCGUCAUGCUCAGCCGAACUUAUCAUCUGCGGGUCGGGUGCAUUCUGAGUUCCAGGAGUUUAAAAAAAUCAUCCAGGCAUGACAGGAAUGGCUGUUUGGUCGUCCCAGCGUGAUGGGAUUGGUUAUUGGUUUGACCCAGAAGGCAAGGAAUAGCUAUUUGUUCAUCCCAGCGUGAAAAGGAAUGGCAAUCUGUUCAUUCAAGUAUGAAAAGGAAUAGCUGUUUGUUUGACCCAGAGUGGCAGAAACAGGUGUUUGUUUGACCCAGAGUGGCAGGAACAGCUGUUUGUUUGACCCAGAGUGGCAGCAGCAGCUGUUUGUUUGACCCACCUGAGUUUUCUGCCGAUUUGUUGUCUUACCAAAAGUGACUUGUCGCAAGUCAGUAUUCAAGGUGCCACAUUUUAAUUUGGUGCUUUAUGAAUUUUACUCCACAGAGAUUAAUCAUCAAAACCUAUAUGUGUUCUUUUAUCUAUUACAAUGUACCUUUUGUUUUUUUCAUUUGUCACCAGCAAUGUAGCCUUAGCAGAGAUGUUGUAUAUGUUGAAGCAACUGUGCUCGCAUCAUGUUUUUUCACCAAGUAUAUGGAAUGCAACAAAAGAUCUUGAUACACAAAGAAAUAAAAAAAGAAGAAGAAAUGUAGUGUCAUGGAUUCAGAUUUGUUCUCAUCAAUGAUUUAUAUUUUUAUGCCAAAUUUGUUUAAUGCAAAACAAAGUCCUUAAUUAUUAAAAACUUUAUUUGCAUAAAUACAUAUUAAUUUUUUAAAAUAAAUUUUAAAGUCUAAUUAAAUCAUUGGGUACUAAUUUCCGUGGUGUUGAAUUCUUGCGGUUUGUGUAUGUUUUUAGUGUCCUUAUUUUAUGUAUUUUAACUUUUUGAUGUUUUAUCUGAUUUUCUUUUUCUACUCUAUUGUCAAAUACAGACAGUAGUUCUUGUUGAUUGCUUGUUAGGAAUGAUUUCAUUGUUCUAUUUUGUUCUGUUUAAAUUUCUGAAACUGCUCACAAUUUUACUAUAUUGUAACCAAGCUACUACGGAUGUUGAUGUUUUAUGUUGUAUUUCAUUUUGUUUACUUUUUUAACUUUCAUUGUUUAAACAAAAAAUUAUGUACCCUAUGUAUCAAUGAAACCAUUAAAAAUUUUACCAACUGAAAAAAUAAGAGAAAGAUUUUAUCUGCCAACAAAAACCAGUUUUAUUAGGUUUCUUGGUUGAUUUUUACAAAAGUUUUUAACAGAUAUUUGCUCUACCAUCCUCUCUAUUUAUUGUCUUGAUGUAAAAAAAAAACAUAGACAGUUUCUUUCAACAGAUUCAAAUGUAUUGUUGUAUUCAGUAUAUAUACUUGAUGACAAAAGGAACACAUUGCUUCACAUAUUAGAAAACUACUUGACCCGAUUCUUGUACAGUGUAUGCUAAUUAAUAUUUUUGAUUUAAUGUUUUCUUGCAAAACAUCCUAAAAAAACAAAAUAUUUUUCAAUUGGUGUGACCCUUUGUUUUUCAGAAAUUGUUUUAUCAGGAUGCUAUAACAUUUCAUGAAAACUGAAGUUCCCUUUUCUGAAAAUAAAGGCUUGCACUGAUUGAAGUUUUCGUGACCCUCUUUUCAUCCCUGACGGAUGUUUUGCAAUGAACAUUGACAAAAAUUAAAAAUAAAACAAAGUACCAUAUUUAACCAAAUUACUGCCAUCAUGCCAGAGCUGUUAAAUAACGGGAGCAAAGCUUGACAAGAAAAAAUAAAUCUUGAUUUACAAUUUUGCAAGAUUAGUAUUGCCUCUUUGCCCUGGCAUUAACUGAACUAUUUUAUAGACACUUUACAACAUUUCCAACCUUGAUUUUGUAACGUAAUAUUUAAAAAUAUAUUUUGAACAAUGGCAGUAAUUAGGUUAAAUACGGGAUGGUUAUCAAAACAGUGUAAGCUAGUUCUAUAGAAAACAUUACACACUUAUUUGUUUAGAACAUUUUUUAUUUUAUCAAUACUGUAAUAUUACUUAGGCAUAAUAUUGUGUACAGUAUUUAGUUGUAGAUAUGUAUCAGGUUUGCAGAUUGUAGAUGUGAAAUUUAAAAUUAACGAAGAUCAGGUUUAUGGAAAAUGUUUUUAAUCUUGUGAUGAUGAUUGAAAAUGUUGGUAGUAGGUAAGUCAAAUAUGUCCGAGAACAUGUGAUAUUUAUAGUGAUGCAUAUUGCAAAUGUCUAUUUUAGCUUUAAAAUGUUUUAGUGGCAAAUGAUUUAGAUCUUUUUUGUACAUGUACCUUUUUUAAAAAUAAAUAUAUUUUAAAUAUUUAUGCAGUGAAGUAUACAACAUACACUGUACAAAAACUUCAAUAAAUUUGUAAUUAAUGCCAA